AGCGGCAUUCAACAGCCUUGAGCGCUUCUUCCCCUUCCUGGUUCUCUUUCACUUCUGCACUGGGAUCAGGGCUCAAGUCUCCUUUAGGAGCUAAUCUAUUGCUAACACCUCUCUAACAUUUUUUAAACCAUCCCUUGAUAACCUAAAAGCCUUAGCCCCACGGCCUUUGCAGCAAGACCACAGUGUGACUGAGAUUUAAUGAUGAGACCUUUAUUAUAUUUCUUCUUUUGGUGGCAAGAGAAUCUGGAUUUUCCCUUCCGUAGAGAGAAGGUUUCUAACUGUAUUUAAGCUGAAAGGCAGGCAGCCUGGGUGGCUCAGCGGUUUAGCGCCGCCUUCAGCCCAGGGCCUGAUCCUGGGGCUCCAGGAUCGAGUCCCACGUCAGGUUCCUAUGUGGAGCCUGCUUCUCCCUCUGCCUGUGUCUCUGCCCCUCUCUCUCUCCCUCUCUCCCUCUCUCUCUGUCUCUCAUGAAUUAAAAAAAACCUGAAAGGCAACAUGACUUAAAGAAAGCUAUGAAUGAAAUAGCACAGAUGGAUCUCAGUGCAAACUCUGGGAAGGUGCCUCACCAGCAAUCCGACUGGGGAGACCCCAGCUCUGUGCUUUCCUGUAUCAUAGGUGUCAAGUCGGUGGAGGUGGUGGCAGUAGUGGUGGGUCCCAAGGCUCUGGGCCAAGCGGUGAUAUGUCUUUUCAGAGCCGUGACCGUCUAUGACAAGCCAGCAUCUUUCUUUAAAGAAACACCCUUGGAUCUGCAACACCAACUGUUUAUGAAGCUGGGCUGCACCUAUCCUGCAUUUAAGGCCCGCUUAGAACCCCUGGAUCUGGCAACAGAGAGGUCGGCCUUCACAGAGCGGGAUGCUCAGAGUGGGGUGGUGACGCAUCUUCGUGGGCGGCCGGCCCUGUUGAUCAGCAGCACCAGCUGGACAGAGGAUGAAGACUUCUCCAUCUUGCUGGCAGCAUUAGAAAAGUUUGAACAGCUGAUCCUAGAUGGAGAGAGCCUUCCUUCUCUGGUCUGUGUGAUAACAGGCAAAGGGCCUCUGAAAGAGUAUUACUGCAGCCUCAUCAGCCAGAAGCGUUUCCAGCACAUCCAGGUCUGUACUCCGUGGCUGGAGGCCGAGGACUACCCCCUGCUUCUAGGGUCUGCGGACCUGGGUGUGUGCCUACACAAGUCCUCUAGCGGCCUGGACCUACCCAUGAAGGUGGUGGAUAUGUUCGGGUGCUGUCUGCCCGUGUGCGCUGUGAAAUUCCGAAGCUUGCAGGAGCUUGUGAAACACGAGGAAAACGGCCUGGUCUUUGAGGAUGCUGAGGAGCUGGCAGGGCAGCUGCAGAUGCUUUUCUCAAAGUUUCCUGAUCCUGCUGGCAAACUAAACCAAUUCCGGAAGAACCUCCGGGAGUCAGAGCUGCUUCGAUGGGAUGAGAGCUGGAAGCAGACGGUGCUGCCUUUGGUUAUGGACACAUGACCCCUUGGCCCAAAAACAGAGUUGAGUGUGGCCCGGUUCCUCUUAGCCCUGGGGAAACGCUUUAGAGCAGCGCCUCCCGGUGGACAGCAGCUGGGAUGAUGGCUGUGGAAUGACAUUUUUUAAUGACCUGGAGUUUGUGGCCAGGAAACCGGUUCAGCCUGGUUUCCUCCCUAGGAGGCCCUGAAAUAUGAGACUCUUCUCAUCUGAGUAUUUCUUUCUUCCUACUACAUUUCCUGUUGUUUGCGUGUAGUAUUUUCUUUUCUUUUUUUUUUUUUUAAGAUUAUAUUUAUUUAUUUAUGAGAUACAUAGAGAGAGGCAGAGACACGGGCAGAGGGAAAAGCAGGCUCCAUGCAGGGAGCCCGACGUGAGACUUGAUCCUAGGUCUCCAGGAUCAUGCCCUGGGCUGAAGGCGGGCUAAACCACUGAGCCGCGCCACCCCCCCCUCCCCCCGCCCCUCGCCCCGCUGCUCUAUGUAGUAUUUUCAUCUCUUUGACCUGCUUUUGUUUUAUGGUGUCUGCCUUUCCCAGUGUCUGCCCCAUUGUGUUCUAAUGUUUUAAUUCCUGCCUUGAGGACAGUCACUGCAGCCUGCUGGGUUGUAACAGCAGUAAGACAUGCCACGUGUACAACGGGCUUGGCUUCAACAGGGAUGUGGGUACAGGCUCAGGGGUGGGGAAACAUACUUGAUAUGUUUUUAUUGGCACAAAUGAAAUGCUUAUUUCAGAGUCAAAAUUUUCAUUUUUGAUUUAUAGGGAUUUACGUAAGAACCAGAACUAGUGACAGAAAGGGGUAUCUACUUGAAUAGUUUAUAUUUUAUUAGAACACAGUUUGCAGUUCCUGAUUCUGAAUUUAACAUUCUUCAAGCAUUCAGGUCCAGUGAAAAUUUUAUCAGCUUUCCCACAUAAAAAUUCUUUACAGGAUGGUGAUUAAAUUUUCAUGUUAAUCUUUAAAAACAUUUGUAAACCUACAGCAUUAGUUUCAAAAUU